AAAAGAGCUAACUUAGUUACAGCACAGAGGAAGCUACUGCGAUCCCCUGCGACCUCGGCGAGACGAGGCUAGCAGAAAGCUGGAGCGGAGCCAGCGAUUCUUUCCGGCAUGCCAGGCGGCAGCUUCGCCCGGUGCGCCCUGGGAGUCGUAGUUCUGCGCCGCCUCAAUCCAACAGCAGCUGGGGAAUGCGAACUCUGUUACCCAGAAGGCCUCUCUCGCGCGGCCUCGGAAUACCAGGGUAGUCGUUCUGGCCCGCAAUUAGCGGAACAAGUUGGCGUCGCCCACAAGACUUCGCGGGGCUUCACGACGGGAGUUGCUAAGCAAGGGAAUCUUUGGUCAACUGCCACCCCCGCCAAGACAACAGGAACCCCCGCGCCAUGCCUCAUAUUGACAAUGAUGUGAAACUAGACUUCAAGGAUGUUCUGUUGAGGCCCAAACGCAGCACCCUUAAGUCUCGAAGUGAGGUGGAUCUUACAAGAUCAUUUUCAUUUCGGAACUCAAAGCAGAUUUACAAUGGUGUCCCCAUCAUUGCUGCCAAUAUGGAUACUGUGGGUACUUUUGAGAUGGCUAAGGUUCUUUGCAAGUUCUCUCUUUUUACGACCAUUCAUAAGCACUACAGCCUCGAUCAGUGGCAAGAGUUUGCUAGCCAGAAUCCUGACUGUCUUGAGCACCUGGCUGCCAGCUCAGGCACAGGCUCUUCUGACUUUGAGCAUCUGGAACAGAUACUGGAAGCAAUUCCCCAAGUGAAAUACAUAUGCUUAGAUGUAGCAAAUGGCUACUCUGAACAUUUUGUAGAAUUUGUAAAGGAUGUAAGGAAGUGCUUCCCCCAACACACCAUCAUGGCAGGGAAUGUGGUAACAGGAGAGAUGGUGGAAGAGCUAAUCCUCUCUGGGGCUGACAUCAUCAAAGUAGGAAUUGGUCCAGGCUCAGUGUGCACAACGCGGAAGAAAACGGGAGUGGGGUAUCCCCAGCUUAGUGCAGUGAUGGAGUGUGCAGAUGCUGCUCAUGGACUCAAAGGCCAUAUCAUUUCAGAUGGAGGCUGCAGCUGUCCUGGGGAUGUGGCCAAGGCUUUUGGUGCAGGGGCUGACUUUGUGAUGUUAGGUGGCAUGCUGGCUGGACAUAGUGAGUCAGGAGGUGAACUCAUCGAGAAGGAUGGCAAGAAGUACAAGCUCUUCUAUGGAAUGAGUUCAGAAACAGCCAUGAAGAAGUAUGCAGGAGGUGUGGCAGAGUACAGGGCUUCAGAGGGAAAGACAGUGGAAGUUCCCUUUAAAGGGGAUGUGGAACAUACCAUUCGUGACAUCCUUGGAGGGAUCAGAUCUACCUGUACCUAUGUGGGAGCAGCAAAGUUGAAGGAGUUGAGCCGGAGAACUACCUUCAUCCGAGUCACCCAGCAGGUGAAUCCAAUCUUCAGCGAUACCUGCUAGACCUGAGCUGUUCUGCUAUCUCAAGGCAGUACUCUACCAUAGAGCCUCCCAAGAAGGCCUCUCACCCAUCCCAGCUACUAUAGCUUUGACAGUAUUCUGUCCCUAUCUCAUUCCUGAGGGCUCCUGCAAUAACUGUGCUCCUCUAUCUGCACACUUAAAAUGCCAAGGGCGUUCAUGGAGAAGUGAGGAAGAAGUCUGAGAAAAUGAAAUAAGGGAAUCAAAUGGGAAUCUAGGGUCUCUGCAUCCUAAAGAUUACUAGGAAGAAAAGAUACUCCUGGUGGUGAAAGGCUUUUUAAAAAUCAUGUCAUGUUAAUCAGCUCUAUUAAAGUUCAGAAGUCAUUAAAUACUUGAAGUACCUCAAUAAAGACAGAUCCCACCGAU